GCCGGGGCUGGAGGGGGUGACUCAGGCAUGGAUCCGCUUGAGCUGCUCCGAGUUAUCCCCUAACAACUCCUUGUAGGACAGGGCGGGUGCUGUGAGCCCUGCUCGGUGGGUGCUGGGUGGGCUGGAGCCCCUUCAGGAGGGUUCAGGUGGGCACCGUCAGUGUCUGUUCCGUGUGUGGUUGUGCCGUGCCACAGAGCAGCAAAGGAACACGAGAAAGGUGCUCCUGCUGCACCGAGCCCGCUCCCCUCCUCGCCCUGCCAGCCCCAGGGAGCUCUUCUCUUCUGCUGUUGCUUCUGGACUCUGCCACCACAGGGGCUGAUUCCCAAGUGGCACUCUGGUUUGGGACUUCGAGGAGAUGAUCGAGUAGAGCUUUGGACCAGCGGGCCAGGACUGGUGCCCAGCCUCGCUGCAGAGAGGCAGCCGUGACACCAGGGGACAGAGACGGGCAGGACGUGGCAGCUCCAGCACAGACAGGGCUCUGAGCAGCAGCUCCAGGCUGGGAUAACCGAGAGCAGCUCCCGUGGCACAGCAGCGGGACAUGGACCCCCUGACAGGACAAGAGCCCAGCAAGGUGAUCGGGGUUGUCCUGGGCAUCGGGCUGGCCCUGCUGCUCCUGGCGAGUUUUGGCUACACCUUCAUCCGGUGGUACCGGCGGGGCCGCUGCCAGCACCGGCCUGACUUUGUCUUCAGCUUCUACCACUCGCGCGGGCUGGGGUCGGUGGCACUGGAGCUGGUGCCACCGUUCAGCAUCAGUGGCUCGCUGGGCACCUCGGGCAGUGGCUACGAGCCCUUCCACAACCAGGGGCUGUGAGGUGAGAGCUGGGCUGCUGAGCAGGUAGGAAGGACAUCCCUUUGUCCCCCCCUGCCCCCCAGUGCUGUGCCCUAAAGCCUCCCUGCUGCCCUGUAGCCCCUGGGCAUCACAGCUUUCCUCAGGACAGUCCCAAGGUUUUCCCAGCAAAAGUCCAGCCUGUGGCUCUGGGCCUUCAGAGGCUUUCCCCGAGCUCUGGUUUUGGUUUCUCCCCACACAGGCUUUGGGUUGUUUUCCUUCCUGCUGUCCCUGGGAGGGGACGUGUGGCCAGGGACAGAGGGACGGGGCAGGAGCCUGGGUGCUCUUGCAGAGCUUCCUCUUACUCAGAGCCUGGCACCAACAGAGAGAGCAACCAAAACUGCCCGGGGGGAAUCCCUUUGUUUUCACUUCUGUAAGAAACAGCCCCUGAAUUUGUUGGAUUUCAACUGAAACCGCAGCGGUGAAGUUUCUGUUGCUAAAAAACUUCCCAGAAUCACAGAAUCCUGGGGCUGGAAGGGACCUCUGGAGACCACCUGGUCCAAGGUCACCUGGAGCAGGUGACACAGGAACGCACCCAGGUGGGGUUGGAAUGUCUCCAGAGAGGGAAACUCCACCAAUUCUCCGGGCAUCUCCUCCAUCUGCAGUUCUCUCAGCGGCCCUGUGCAGCCACAGGGGCACAGGAGGGGCCUGGGCCAGCACUGCUGCACCUUCCCCUUGUUUGGGAUGGAGGAAGAGGAUGCAGCCUUAUCCAGGAUGGCUCAGCACUGAUCCUGGAGAAAACAGCCACAUUCCCCACGGCUCAGAGACCUCCCUGCACCCCCAGAGACCCGGCAGCGGGCUGCCCCUUAGGGAACCAGCUGAGGAGGAGCCCCAGAACUGAGGGACUGGAUUUGUGCCGCUGCAGGAAACACCGUGAGGAAAUGGGAAAUCUCUCUCAGUCCUCCUCCAUCCAAUACCUGCACCAAGGUGGAAGCUGGCUCUCCACACUCCCAGUGCAAGGAAACACCUCAGGAAGCCCCUGUGGAAGUUAUUCCUGUGUUUUUGUGCCAGUUGCCUUCGGUCUCAGCAGGACAAGGGGCUGUGGGGGUGCCUGGAGCACAGGAGCAGCCCUGGGGAGAUUCUGUGGCCACAGAGGGGCCCUGCUUGGCCAGCGGGGGCUGGUGAGGCAUGAGGGGCCUUGGGACCAUUUCUUUGCAAGUCUCUCUCAGAAGAAAAGCAAAGAAAAACUCAUGAGAGCCACGUGGUGGUGUGUAGGGAAAGCAGUGAGGACAGAGCGGGAUUUCCAGCCCAGCUGUGCUCUCGGCCAUCCAAGCUAAACCCUGUGGUCUGUGGCUUUCUCCUGGCUGGAAGGAGACCUUUGACUGCUCCUGGAGAGGGGGAAAUGCCAGCUCCUGGGGCUGGGAGCCCUCCGUGGUGAGCAGGAUCCAGCAGAGCCCUGCGUGAUGCAGGAGCCACCCAUGGGGCCUGACGUCAGCGGCGUUUAAAAGAAAAACAACCCCAAAAGCCGUGCUUGUGAUGACUCUGUUUUCCAGAGGAAGUUGAAAAAAAUAAAAAUUAAAAGAUCUCUAACCCCCAAAAUAGGCAGAGGCAGAAGAGAUGGGGCCAGUGGAGGGGCAGGAGGAGGUUCCCAGUGCCCCCCACAUCCCUGUGGGAUGCAGGGAUGGAUCUCACGUGUGAGCAGCUCCACGUGAGAUGUAAGAGAAGGAAACACAGCAAGGAUCAGCCCCCUCCUCCUGCCUGUGCUGGAAAAGAUGAAAAUAAAACCAAAAACCCUUCACUUGAAAACCACAUUCCCCGAGGAGGGUUUCCACCAGCAGUUUUACUUCCCAGUGUGAAGGUUCCUGGAAGUGGAGUGACGUUUGGAAAAACUUCCCUGUGACCUGGAGGGUGGCCCAGGGCGAGCUGCCGGGGCUCAUCCUGUUUCCGUUCUGGUGACAUUUGUUCACAGCAUCACAGAAUUGAUUAGUUUGGAAAAGACUCCUGAGAUCAUCGAGCCCAGCCUGGCUGAGCACCACGCUGCUGAGCAGAGCCUGACUCUGCCUUUCCUCCAGCCCUGGGUUUGAUUUGUCCUCCUGCCCUUCCCAGGUGAUGUCCCAUGGGAUGUGCAUCCCUGUGGGAUCACUGUGAGCUGCCCAGCUCCUUUUCCCUGCUGCUCCUCUGCUGAUUGCUCCCACAAACUCCUCAGAGAGAGCCCCCCAGGAGCUCAGGUGUGUGAGGAGAGCUGCCUUGGUUCUCCUUUUCCCCGGCUGCGGUGUGGAAAUGCCCUUCCCCACACGAGGCAAAGGCACAUUGCCUCUUGCUGGUGGGGAACGUCCAAAUCUGGAAACAGAAAGCUCAGCUUGGCCCCAGGAGAGGAUGAACAGACAAAGGGACCAGAUAAAUAACACCACAUCCUUUCUGUAUUUACAAAUGCAAUAAAUAAUGUCUGUAUCCAGCA